AUGGGAAAUAGCGCUCGUUCACUAUUUUUUGUCCUGACGCUUCUUACGUUGAUUGGACUGUUGCUGGCAUACUACAGAUAUCUCUCUUUAAAUGCUAACACUGUGCCAAUAAAAGAAGAUAAUGCAGUUCCUGCUCCCACCUCGUAUGACCCAGUCGACUUGCAAAAACCAUAUGAAACAGUCGUAUUGUCCAACAAAUCAACCGGUGACGCGCCUAUGCCGACGUCGACCAAGCCAAGUCCCUCACCUAGUGGACCUCCGAAAAUUCCAGAAAUCUAUCAAUCGCCAAUACCACAAAAAGCCCACAUGCCCUGUAAUUCAUACCACGAAUUGAAUGGCAUAACAUUUGAGCAGUUGUGGGAAUACCCACCUAUAUCAUUAUUCAUUGGGAUAUUUACCAUCCCAUACAACUUCGAGAGACGCCAACUAGUCCGCACCCUAUAUAGAGUGCAGCAAAAGAAUAUUAAAGACGAUUUGGUGGACUUUCGAUUCAUUAUUGGAAAACCUAAAAAAGAGGAUGACUCGCCAAAUCUCAGACUUCGUUUAAAGCUUGAACAACAAGCCUAUGGAGACUUGGUGAUGUUGGAUGUCGAGGAUGGCUUUAGUAAUGGGAGGAAGUCGUAUAGAUAUUGGAAGUGGGUUGCAAACACCUAUACGUCAAGUCCGGAGAGCCAGUAUCUCUUAUUUGCCAAAGCUGAUGACGAUGAGUAUAUCAAUUUCCAGAAUCUUGCGUUGAACUUGAGACCGCUGGAACG